UUAAGAUUGCUCGUGCAGCUACAUUGAAGUACAGUAAUGAUGCACUUCGUCCCUUGCUUGGCCGCCCUCUUGGUGCUCUAAAAAGAAAAAUUGAAGAUGAAACAGGGAAAAGAAGUGACACUAGAGAGUUACCUGGUGCAGCCCUGCUAUGUCUUUCUUUCACUCCUAAAGAUGUAAACACCUUAGGGACAUCAAAGGGAUUGCGGGAUGUACAUGCUGGAUAUGAGAAGGCAUUGUUGGAAAUAGCUUCAUCUCUUCAGCUCUCAAGAAAUAUUUUUAUUGCCCUUAUUUCACUGCAAUCGUGGAAGUCCUUUGUGCGGCGUUGGGUGAGGGCAGAUGUCUUGUCCUUUGAUGCUAAAGUGCCAUCUGUCCUCUUGGAUAAAACCGCUAAAGCUGCUAGUGACAUUCUGAAGAGUAUGAUAAAAGCAGCUGAAGAGGCUAUUCCUAGAUCUGCUGAAAACAUUGCACUAGCUAUUGGUGCACUUUGUGUGGUCUUGCCUCCAUCUGCUCACGCUGUUAAAUCAGAUGCCUCAAAAUUUCUGUUGAAUUGGUUGGUCCAGCAUGAACAUGAACACCGCAAAUGGUCUGCUGCGAUUUCUCUUGGAUUGAUCUCAAGUUGCCUACAUGUAACAGAUCAUAAGCAAAAGUUUGAGAAUAUCACUGGACUUGUUGAGGUUAUGUGUAGUAGCAAUAGCACCCUUGUCAGAGGAGCCUGUGGGCUUGCCUUGGGUUUUUCUUGUCAAGAUCUUCUUACCAGGGUUGAUGCUGGUGAUAAUUCUGACAUGGACAAAGAAACAGGCAAGAUGACAGAAGCAGACUUGCUUGGUAUGAUAGUUAAGGCAUUAUCACUCAUGAUAGGUCAGCUCACUCAGUUGCCAUCUGAUGUUAUGGAAAGUCUAUCUGCCUACUUUCCACCUAACACAUUUGGUAUAGAUAUGAAUAUAACUGCUGAACUGUCACAUGAGAACUCUGAUGACUCUCUCGAAGAUAUCUGGGGUGUUGCUGGACUUGUUCUUGGUUUGGCGAGUUCUGUUGGUGCACUGUACAGAGCUGGGGCACAUGAUGCUGUUCUCAAGAUAAAAGACUUGAUCAUUUCAUGGAUUCCACAUAUGACUACACCAGUUCAAGGGUCUCGGUCUUUUAGUGGGGUUUCUGAGAUAGUUUUAUCAGUAGGAUCCUGUCUUGCACUUCCCAUUGUAGUCGAAUUCUGCCAAAGAUUAGAACUGAUGGAUGAUAAUGAAGUACGCCAUUUAGUGAAUGGCUACAGGGAGCUCAUUUCUGAAUUAUUGUCUGUCAAAAAAUCUGGCACCUUCUAUCACAGCUUACUUAUGGCAUCUUGUAUAGGAGCAGGAAGCCUCCUAGCCUGCAUACUGAAUGUAGGAUUGCCUUCUAGAAAUUGGACAAUUAGAAAUUGGAAAUUGGAAACUUAUCUUGCUGCUAAUAUGGAACUAAUCAAAAGGGCAACUGUUUUUAAAGUACUUUCGGUUAUGAUCAAGUAAAAAGGGUUAAACGAUGGGGUCCUGUGUUUAUGCCAUUGGGAUUGUUAUGAAAUCAUAGCAGAU